GACUUCUAGUGACACUGAGUAACCAAUAAAAGGGCUGCGUUCACUACUAGGAACUAUAUGGAUAUUGACUAUUCAAGGAUUCAUUGUUACAGGUGCUUUCUGGGUAAAUAAAGUAUUUCUCCACACCACGACAAGAGCCUCUCUCAAUACUGCUCUUUUAAAGAUAUUCCUAAGUCUGAAGUGUGAGGCAGGGGACAGACAAGCAAUUACUGGUCUGUAUGAAAACCCUCCGCAGUAAAAAUCAAUGGAAAAAGCAAGAGCCAGUAAAAGUGAUCACUUGUUUAUUUUCACAAAUGAAAGAUAAAUUGACGGCAGGCGAUUCAAUACCUGGACAAGAUGGCAGAUCCCUGCGGCUCUCUGUCGGAGGAAAAUCUAAGGAAAUGGAAGGAAAUUGAAAUGGAGGGGUUAAAAAACUUUGACUUUACAGCUUGAUGGUUUCACUUAAUUUAAUGGCUUACUUCUCCACACAGGAAUUAGGACCGAGCCCCCACCCUCUUUUCUAUAAUAUCACCAGUACAAACAAUAACCUCAACAUGACACCUGGUUAUCUUCUGUCUCAACCAGGGGAACCAAAUGAUCCUGAUUCAGGGCACCAAAAAACUCAGCGAGCCACAGUGAUAGCCUUCAUGGGAAUUUUUGUGUUUGUAACCCUGACACUGACAGUGGCUGUGAUUGUGUUUUGUAAGAAAAAGAAUUCUGUGUUUCUGCUCCAGAAGUCGGAUCUGCACGCGGAUCUGGAUCUAGAACUAGAGGACAUCCAGACGGAUAUUUCGGAUGAUUUUGGAAGUUUCACUUUGGAGAUCACUGAUGCCAAACAAAGCUUUAGCGAGUCUGAUCAACAGGAUCUGGGUCAGUAUGAAGCUUUGUUAGCUAAAAAUAGCACACUGAAACAGUCCACCAGUUUGCCUGUGAGUUUUGAUACCUGCCAAGAAUAUCAAGAACUGCAGACUUUACCUACAAAGUCAGAGACUUGUGAGGGAAUUAAAUCAUCUUCCACCCCGCCAUCAUGCCAAAACAACAGCAACAAAGAAGUCCAGCAUGAAGUUAUAAGCCAUAAAUGUAGCAGUGAUUUAAUGUGCCAGUCAUGUGAACAGACCAACAGGAGUACAGAGUCUGUAUCACAGACAGACACACAGACAGAACAGACCUAUGUUUUUCCAGUGAGUGGAAUAAUUUCUCAGGAAGAUAGUGAUUGAAUUUUAUGUCUUUUUAACAAAGUACAACCAAAUAUAUUUCAUACACAUGGAUUGCAUGUUUGAUUUCUGUCAAAAUUCACUCUAGUUCUUCUAACCAUCAAUCGUUUCUACAAUACAUGUACUACAACAUGUACAAAUUCCAUUCUGUCAAGAUUUUAAAAAAACAUUUAGUUUCUCUUUCAAUUAAUUUAAAAUUAUAUAUUAAUA